GUCACAAGAACGACUCACGACGAGCAGGUACAGAAUGUGGUUGUUGCUUCUUCUCUGCCUGUUCAGCCUUGAACCCGGGCAAGGAGCGUUCAUUAAACAUGAACGAACGGGGAGGAAUGAGCUGAGAGCGAGAAUGGGUCUAUUGGGAUUAGAUCAGGGAUUCCUGCCUGACUUCAAUCACCCUGACGUUGAUGAACACUGCAAGAAUCACUUCAACUUCUUCCUCCAAGACCUCACAUCCGAAAAUGCCUCCACCUGGUCCAUGCUCAUGGCGGAUGCAAGCGGAAAGAUCCCUGCAGGGUACCUCUACGGAAAUGUGUAUUCUUUGGGGAAUUUCGAUGAAUGUCUCAAGGUCUCAGUGAAUUCCGAGGGUGGAUACGAAUUCCUUGGAAAGCAUUGCCUCGCCCAGAUUUUCUUCACAGGGAUGUGAGUCCA